AUGUUGUACGCAUUAGCAGAUCCAAACUCAGCAUUCAAGCCACUGAUCAAAAAGGUCAAGAACUCAUGGAGAUUGAAAAAAUUCAAGGACAUAUAUUUGCAGAAAAAGAGUGCCUCAGCCAAUUCAUCUUCAAAUUCUUCAGACAUCGCAUCUUCAGCUAGUUCAAAUUUCCAAAGCUCAAGAGCAUCCAUAAUGACCACAAACUCUACAACCACUAUGAAAAUUGAGUUUUGA